AUGAUUGAAACAAAAGCUGUUGAAUCCGAAAUAUUUUUAGAAAAAAUUGAUAAAGUGAUGAAAGAUGUAAAAUUUUUGAUGGACAAGUCAUCAACAGCUCCUGCUCAAGCUUUUGAACAGUCCAUGCAUGGCCCAGAUAUGACUGCAUGUACCCUUUGUUCUAGUUAUGAACAUGUAGAAAUAGAGUGUCCUAGAAUGAAGGGUUGAUGGCAAUGAAUGAUAGAGUCAGGCCCCCUCAACUUAUUGCUAGACACUCAUGGCCAGAAAGGACAUCUCAACCUCCUGUAUACAGAACACAAUAUAACAAAUACAACAACUAAAAUUAUAAAAGAGGAAAUGAUAACACCUAUCAACCAUCAUUUCCCAAAUUUCUAACAGCAAGGUCCCUUCCAGCCAAUCCUACGUCCACAAAAUUUUCAGUCCACUCAACCAACUCAUCCUGCUCAAAACAAAGCCACCUUGGCUACUAAUGAAUUGUUGAAGCAGAUGUUGCAGGAGCAAAAGGAGCAAAUGCAAGAGCUGAGGAUAGAAAUGGAAAAAAUGAAGAUGAUGGUGGGAGGGUAG